AUGAGCAAGCGAGCCCAAGCGCCAUCGCCCACUCCUACGUCGAAUGCACCAACGCCGUCGGCAUCGACGUCGUCGUUAGCGUCCAAUCCGGAGGAAGCGGCCGAAAAGGAGCUCAUUGAGGAGUAUUUGUCACUGCAUGGUAUCGAGAACGCCCUCAACGUCUUCCUGAACCAAGUGGUGCGCGACCGACCGGCAGACCCGUACUUGGUGCUUGGUGGAUUGCUGCAACAUCGAGCGACGUCGAGCAAAGGGAUUUUCGCCGUCUCGGCAAGGGAAAUCUUUGAUGCAAACGGACUGCCCACCCUGCUAGCGAUAGUGCACACGUCGAAAGGUCGAUUUGAGGGCAGCACAUCCAGUCACACCGCUGCUAUCUACGACACGGACGACGCAACGCGAUGCCGCGGCAAAGGCGUUCGAUCAAGAGACUUGACGUUGUACGUCCAGCAUCUGCUCGAAGGCGUGGAUCCGUGCGAGCAAACAUCUUGUGACGAAAAGAUCGCGUCCAUGGAGGACAAGCUCGGGCGGCAAGCGUGCCUCGCGCUGUCGAUCGCGAUCUGUAAAGCUGGUGCGGCCCACAAAGACGUCCCGCUCUUUGAACACAUUGCGUCCCUCGCGGAUGUUCCCAUUGAGAACGCGUGCGUUCCCGUGCCCAUCUUCAGCGUCGUGCAAGGCGGCGUCCACGCCUCCAACAAACUCUUCUUGCAAGAAAUCACAGUCAUGCCCAUCGGUUGCGCUUCGUUCCAAGACGCGCUGCGAUGGGGCGCGGAGCUCCACUUGGCCCUCCGCCACCUCCUGGAUGCCAAGGGGGUCGGCCAUGCCAACCGCGGAGCACUUGGCGGGUUCGCUCCUCUUGUUAACUCGACCGAAGAAGCGAUCGUGCUUGUCAAAGACGCCAUCGCCAAACUCAAGGACGCGGAGCCCGGCAUCGAAUUUGGCCUAGGGGUGCACGUGGCGGCCCACGCCUUUGCCACCGUCAGCGAUGGCGAAGCAGUGUACAAUUUGGACAAGUGGGUCGUGGGGUCCAAAGGUCUCAACAAAGCCGGGGACGAAGUCGUGGAUCUUCUUCGAGAAUGGUGCCGCGUGCAUCAAGUCAUGACGAUCGUCGAUCCCGUCGAUAUUGUCGACAUCAAAGUGGCCAGCGCGUUGAACCGCAGCGAAAACGAAGUGUUGCCAGACGCUGCAACGCCACCGGGCGGAGUCGGCGGUGAUCCGUCCGUCAAGGUCCAAGUGGUGGGCCACGCAUUUCUCCAGCACACCAAGUUGGAAACUUUACAUGAAGAGCGCGCGUGCAACACCAUUCUUCUGCAUGUGUCCCAGUUCGGCACAGUCACCGCCGCCAUGCAAGCUGUGGUACAAGCUCGGGUGUUGGGACUGUCGAUUAUUGUCGGGUGCGACGCGGGCACGCUGGACGAUGUGUUUCCUGUGGAUUUUGCCGUGGGAAUUGGAUGUGGCCAGGUCAAGAUGGGCGGUCUCCUCUCGGCGGAAGGCGUCAGUCGAUACAAUCGGUUUGCAGGCAUCGCAGCCGACGACCCGCGAGCGCCGCCGUACACUGGCGCAACGUUUCGGCGAUAAAGUCGUGACAGUUAAUCCGAUCGACUUGUAUUCGUCGAUUCAUAACCCCUCGAUGGCCCCAUCCACUGUUAAUUCCAUCGAUUUUCCAUGACUAUUAACUGUAACUAAAUGGC